AUGGAGGAAAAUACUGUGAUACUACGGGCUAAUGGCCUUCUCAAUGAGCUUCUCUCUACCUACGACGAAAAGUAUCAUCACACAACCAUUGUCAGUAGUAUUUAUGAUACAGCGUGGGUCUCAAUGGUUAGGAAGCCUCAGACCUCUGACAUCUCCGAUUGGGCCUUCCCCAUGUGUUUCGACUUCCUUUGUCAAAACCAGGCUGGGGAUGGAGGAUGGGGAUGUCCCGUCUCGAUAAUGGAUCGUAUCACCUCUACCUUUAUUUGCCUUUUGGCUAUCAAGAAGCACCUCCGUGUGUCGGGAAAUCUUUCGGUGAAGAGUCGGUUAAGCUUGCAGCACCAAGCAGCUCGGGCCAUUGAAUAUAUUCACUUGAAUAUUGGGUUCUGGGACCUUGGUUCAUCCGAUGCCCAGCUUCCAAUUGGGUUCGAACUUUGGUUCCCUGUUGUGAUUGAGAAAUUGGAAGAAGAAGGAGUUGUGUUUGAAAUCUCUGGCAUAGAUCGAAUUCUCAAGUUGCGCCAGGAAAAGCUCUCCCGGUUUCCUCUAGAGGUUCUCUACAACCCCAGUGGCCUAUUUCAGCCUUCGCCCUUGUACACACUCGAAGGAUUCAUUGGACUCCUCGACUUCAGCAAGCUCUCACAUCAUUUGAGAUUUGGAUCCAUGUUUACCUCUCCGUCAUCUACUGCGGUCUAUUUGAUGGAAUCGUCUGUGUGGGACCCUGAGGCCGAGGCUUAUUUGCAGCAUGUUGUGGAACAGAGCAUUGUCAAGCAUGGGCGUUGCGUCCCUCAAAUGUUUCCAACAUCAACCUUCGACAUUGAUUGGGUUCUCAACUUGUUUGUUGAUGGCGGACUCGAUCUCAAGAAGCUCGAUGCCAAUUCAGUGAAAGAGUUGGGGAAUAUCAUACUCCAGGGCGUGGAGAAGCAAGGAGGCAUUAUGGGAGCUGAUCAACACGUUUGUCCCGACCCCGAUUCAACUGCGAUGGCCUACAAGACAAUUUACCAUGCCCUUGGGAUUCACCACCCCGUUCAACCAAUGAUUGACGCAUUUGAAGGCCCAAAGAACUAUGUCACCUAUCGUUCCGAGCGGGACCCUAGCAUAAGUAGCAAUGCGCAUGUGUUGCAAGCUUUGAAACUUGGUCCAGAUUCCCGAGAGAAUACGUCCUCUAUUGAGAAGUGCAUCACGUAUCUCUGCGAAACAUGGUCUGACACCCAUGGACUAGUCCAAGACAAAUGGAGCCUUUCGGAGUACUAUGCCACUGUGGCCCUUACCCAGGCCCUAUCGGACUAUCUUGUUGCACUGAGUGAGGAACGUGUAGAGGCUGUGUCGGAAAAACUUCUCAAAGUCUAUAUUCCUCUAACACUACUCCAAGCGGUGGUCCGGAUUCUUCUUCGUCAGAACGCAGAUGGCUCUUGGGGAUCGACAAGCAUCCGUGAGGAUACGCCCACGCAGUCAUUAUCCUAA